AGUUUUUUGGAAAAACCCGUGAGCUUGUCUAGUUUUUCAAGAUUGUAGCUGAAAACGAUCCGGUAUUUCGCAUUGAAGGUCAUCUGCGACAAUGGACAGGGAUACCUUUGCUUAAUUCUGUUUAGAAAUUGCGGUUUCGCCGACCGGAAUAGCAAGGACAGUUCGGUUGCCUUUUUGUCUUGCACCAAUUGUAAACUUGCUGCAAUGAUCUAAUUGUUGAGCAAUGAUCUAACAGAUUUAAUUGAUUCCUGACUGUUUCCUUCAGUUUACUGAACUAAUUGUUGAUAUUCUGAGCGUCCUGCGUUGAGUUCGUGAUUAAACUUGUUGCUGUUUGAGAUUAUAUCACCCCCAUAUGCGAUAAAAGUUUUCGGGCACUUUUAUGAUCUCCAUUUGCUGCCGCUCCAGUGUGUUGUUGUCUGAUGCACUAGUAUAGCUGUGACCCAUUUUAAAAAUAGGUUUUCAAAGCGAAUCUUUUUCUUAGUUGGAUGGCUGAGGGUUAAAAUUUAAUAUCUUUCUCCUAAAAGGGUUUUUCUAAAAUGUUUAAUUUUUUUUCCAUUUUCGUUUAUAUUUUGCAGGAGUGCCCUAGCAUUCGAUUUAAGUGAGUUAUUUUAAUAGCGAAGAGUAUCUCUACUGCAUUUGUACUCAUUUAGAUUUUACCGGUCAAUUUCUUCCAGAUUCGGAUGCAGAUAUUGCUUAUAAAGGGCAAGCGUUCGAUUACCUGGGAUGCAGCAGUGGUCAUUUUGAAAACAAGUGGGUCGUUCCUUAUUUGCAUCUCUGAUUAAUUCAAACAUGCUGACGACCUGCUUGACCCGAUUUGGGCCAACUCAAACUUGUCGCCAAUCAGAUGAAUGAUUUCGAUAACCUUAUCAGGUCUGCAUACGAACUUGUCUGAAGUUCCACCUCUAACACUUACUCCAUUACUGUUAUGUCAGCAAGUGGCGCUAGUGUUAGUGUUUCUUCGGCAAACGAGCCAUUUUGCAAGGAGCCAAACAUGAAACAUGCGCAAAGGUCGCACGAUACAUGUGCAGGCAUGGGAACUUGUAAUUCGAAUGAAAGUCAGACUUCUUCGGCAUCAUCACCCUUCAGACCAAUCUCACACGGAGGACAUCCUUCUCCAGUCGAACUGAUGUCAUCAUGCUCUAGGAGUGAAACAAACUAUUCAGGAAAAAUCUCCAAUCUCGACCAAUCAGAAUUGAGAGAUGAUCUAACAGGCUUUGAGCUUAAUGAGUCUGUGGAUCAGCUGACCAAAGUUCGAAAAUUAAGUUCAAGUGAAUUUACGAUGAAACAAGCGAUGGACAUUGGAAUUUCUACAGUCGGUGACAUGCUUCAGUUUCGAACCAAGGAGCCACUGAGCUAUCAUGAAAUUUCCGAGUGCCUUGAAAUGCUACAAGAAAAGUACGAAAUGCUUCAAGUUAACACUGUUCGAGACGAGAACACGGGCAAAUUUUAUUGGGCGAGAUUACCCAAAAAUCAGGUGUACAUUGCUGCAAAUUUGGGAAUUUUGAGCGAAUUGGCAGCUCAAAAGAGGUUUAAUGAAAUUGUUAAGUUGGGAAUUAAAGAUGGUGAGCCGAUAUGGAGGUUUUAUUUUGGUGAAAUAGAGCCGAUUUGUGACUCGAAUGCGAAUUAUGCAGAUGUAAUUUUGGCAGAAGCAGACGAUUGCGAUUUUGUGUCAUUCAGAUUCAGAUACUGUGUGUGUUUUGUGAUGUCACAUGCAUUAGUAGACGGAAUAGGAAUUGCCAACAUCAUCGCCGAUUUCUUCACAAUCGUCUGCACCAAACUCAACCUCAAACAAGACAUGAAGUGGAAGGAUGCUGUUAGCCAGUCAGCAGCAGCAGAUAAGUGCAGACAUGUACUCUGCCUGCAGCAGCACGUGCCUAUCUCGCCACCGUACGAGGAGCUGGUGCCGAACAUAGGGCUGUACAGGGUGCUGUCUCUGCCCCUCUCCCUCAUGUUCGGUCGGGUGCUGAAGACCUGUCUCACACUGAACAAGAUGCCCUUCAUCAAUCAUCCCAUCUUCAAGUCGCCAAACCUCAAACCCAUCAUGCUACAGAACCCAAAUGCUGCAGUUGGCUGUGGCACUGAAUUGAUCCGCUUCUCCGUUGGUCAGUGGGGGGCAUUCCAGCAGUUCAGACGCAAGCAUGGCCUCACAGUGUCUGGACUGGGGCUGGCUCUCUUCGGUACUGCCAUGAUGAAGUAUGCCUAUGGGGACACCCAAUGGCCUACUACCACUACUCUUGCAGUAAUUUUCUGUUUUUGUGUGUGCAGGGGUAACGUGAAGAACUUCCAGACCUUUUUCUAUGGGGAGGUGCAGAGGAGGAUCUCGAAGGACACCCAGCUGGUGCAUGACUUCGUGUCCGCCUUCUCCUCCCACCCCCGCCCCUGUGGCAGACUGUGCAUGAUACAGUUCUCCAACAUAGGCCACGUGUGUUGCACAGACCAGCAGUCCUGUGGGGACUUCGACGCCAUCUGUGUGGAGAAGUCAAUUGCCUUAGCAGACCAGUCCAAAUCGGGCGACUGUUUCUGCAACGUGCUCAUGACUCUGCAGGGACAACUGCACUGGACCAUCAGCUACCCCACCCACCUCUACUCCCAGCAAACUGUUCACGCCAUCGCACAGCAACUCAGCCGACUAUGGGUAGACGUAAUAGGGACUGCUGCUGCUGCAGACACGGAGUCCCCGUCUCGUCCAACUACACGCGAAGACAAAUUGGAUCAGGUGGCAGUUGAAGUGGAAGGAGAGAAGAAGAAGCCAGGCGACACUAACUCAGGGAAACAUAUUCCAUCAGAACAACACUUCUCAGGAAAUAGAAACGAUCAUGUCCAUAACAGUAAUCAUUGCAAUGAUAUUGCCAGUAGUUCAACUAGCACUUAGUCGAUACCUUGUUCUUCUUAAACUGUAAAAAACUUGAGCAGUAGCGUGUCGAAGGAAAGGGGGGUCGCCCCCCCCCCCCCCCAAAUUCUGAUCUCCUUUUGGUAAUAUUUUAGAUUCAUUUUUAGUUGACCAAACCUAAAAAUUUUCUAAAAAGAGCUUUUGCCGCCAAUUUAAAUUAAAUGCGAGGGCGGGAGUGCCAAAAAUUUUCGAAAAGUGACUUUAAACAUCAUUUUGACUGACUUUUUGUUGAAAAAUUUUCCCGCCGCGCAAGUAAGUUUGGCAAAAUAAGGUCUUCAAAACAGUUUACGGGAGCUUGGAAAAUCAAUUUGGUCGACUUAAAAAAGGUCAAAAAAAUUUCCACGAUUUUUCAACACUCCUCUUCGAAAAGUUCCUGUGCACGCCACUGUGCCUGAGGUCACAUUAGAGUUCUUAAAAAAUGAAAAAAAAAAACAAAAAAAAACUUUUCGCAACUCAAAGUUUUUGUUCCGACCAUUGAAUUGGGGUGGAACUUUGUCUUCGGGUGUUUUAGUUUUUUAUCUCUUUGUUUUCCACGCAAAUUCAGCUACCACUGGUAUAUCAAAUGACAUCCCCUUCAGUCCUGAUUUGAACGAACUUUAAAAGAUUUCCCAGUGUCGAGAAAAACCUGAUGAAAGUUUUGGGUUUUAGUCUAAUUUCGAGCGAGUAAGGCAGAUCGAGUCUAAUUUCGAGCGCCAAUCUAUUCUAAUUUUGAGAGGGGAGCGCGCGCCGAAAAAACGCAAUUUUUUGGUCGAAAUUUUCCAAAAGUGCCUAAAAUCGCUUUUUCGAAAUUUUCGAAAGUGCCUAAAAACGCAAUUUUUUGGUAGAAAUUUUCCAAAAGUGCCUAAAAACGCCUUUUCAAAAUUUUCCAAAAGUGCUUAAAAACGCCGGUUUGGGAGAGCUUUGGUCGACCAAAAAAUAAAAGGUCGACAUAAUUUUCAAUUUUUUUUUGAAAAUCCGCCCCCUCAAGAAAUUCCUAGAUCCGCGCCUGAGGUCUUAUAUAUAAUAGACUUAUAAAUGUCAAGCCUUGCAAUUCAAAGCAAGCAGUGAAAGCUUCGUUUUGCUCAAGUAUAAAUAGUUUUCGCAGGUGUUUUUAGCCCUUUCUUUAUUUUCGAAUUUAGUUUUUCA